CUGCACGUGGACCUAUCACUUUGCAGUACUUGGAACGUGAAGGCAGGCUCUAUGGGUCAGCGCUUUCCUAGCGGAACAACGACUCGAGUGGAUCCAAUGAGAUCACGCCGCGUUCUGGGCCCUAUGGUGAGAACAAGCCGGUGAUCGCAAGGGAAAAAUCAAGAAACAGUUAAUAGUGUGGCUACGAAGAGGUUCACUCAAUACAUCAAGAAGCGUACAACGCAAAUAAUACGACAUUGAAAGUUUUAGCUUGUUGCAAGUUAAGUCGUGCUCUUUCAAUUUGUGUAUAUAUUUUUGGGUAAACCAGCCUGCUUCAAAAAACGGAACUGCUGCCGGCUCGAGAAGGUAGGGGUCUGUUCUGUCACCUCUCAUCAAUGUGCCUAGCUAGCUUACUUAAGUCAAUGUUUUUCCAUUAUAUUAUUUUUCUACCUGCAAAUACUGUUGUUCGCAGGUUAAUUUACGCAGUAGUAGCUAGCGGUUGUUUAUUUCCUAACAGCCUAAUUUCAAAUCAACUAACUAGGCUGGUUGAGAGAUUUUAAUUAAAGGUGUAUUCUAAGUUAGCUGUGUAUCUAUAUGGCAUUAUUUUUACCUAACUAGCGCUCUGAACCCGUUUCCAGAAUCCAGACUGCUCUUUGUUUUUGAACGCUCAAGGCAUCACCUGUUCUGGGCGUCCAUAGCAGCACGUCAGUGUUCUGAUGGGGCUAGAAGUUUCUACACUCAUGUAUUUGAAUAACUGCAUGCUAAAUAGCCAUUAGCUUGCUGAUUGCCUAUUGUUUGCAACUUGAGACAUUUGCUAGCCUAUAUCCUUCAUUCCGUGAUAAGUGCCCUAGUCCGCAACUAGAAAAAGCAUUACUUCAAUGUCACCAUGCUUCCUGACUCUCAUUACAUUUUACAUUUUUUUUUUACAUUUUAGUCAUUUAGCAGACGCUCUUAACCAGAGCGACUUACAGGAGCAAUUAGGGUUAAGUGCCUUGCUCAAGGGCACAUUAACGUCAUUUAGCAGACGCUCUUAGCCAGAGCGACUCACAAAUAGGUGCGUUCACCCUAUAGCCAGUGGGAUAACCACUUUACAAUUUGGGGGGGGUUAGAAGGAAUACUCUCCAUCAGCACUUCAAUUGACACAGUCACAUAACUAAUCUACUCUGUGAUUUGCUAAGUAGAAUACUUUAAAAGGUACUGUACAAUUCAUGCCACGUGUCAAAGAAGCUAGUCGGUGGGAUCAGGCCAAUUAGAUGAUUGCACGUUCAAGAUCAAAGGGCAUGAGUCAUGAUGCAUCCAGCUACCUUGCAUGCACCUGGGCAAGCUGGCAUCUAGAGUUUGGAAGUGUGAUGUCUAAAGAACCUGUAUGAGGUGCUGAAGAGUAAAAGCAGAUAAUAAUUUCAAUAUUCUAAAUUGUUCUUCCUACAUCUGCACUGGUGUGGAAAGAUAUAAUAAUAAUAAUAAUAAUAUAAUAUGCCAUUUAGCAGACGCUUUUAUCCAAAGCGACUUACAGUCAUGCGUGCAUACAUUUUUUUUUUGUGUAUGGGUGGUCCCGGGGAUCGAACCCACUACCUUGGCGUUACAAGCGCCGUGCUCUACCAGCUGAGCUACAGAGGACCAGUAUAGGUGAAAGCAAUAUGGUGUAUGCCCACAAGGCAUUUGCUUUUACCUCCUGUUCAACAGUGCAGGUGAAGGAAUGGGCACACAAGGACUGGAGCGAACUUGAGAUGCCACGUAUAGAUAUGGUGCAUUCGUAAAGUAUUCAGACCCCUUGACUUUUUCCACGUUUGUUACAUUAGCCUUAUUCUAAAAUGGAUAAAAUUGUUAUUUUCCCCUCAAUCUACACACAAUACCCCAUAAUGACAAAGCAAAAAGAGGUUUAGAAAUUUUCAUCCAAGGAUCUCUCUGUACUUUGCUUUGUUAAUUUUUUCCUCGAACCUGACUAGUCUCCCAGUCCCUGCCGCUGAAAAACAUCGCCACAGCAUGAUGCUGCCACCACCAUGCUUCACCAUAGGGAUGGUGCCAGGUUUCCUCCAGACGUGAUGCUUGACAUUCAGGCCAAAGAGUUCAAUCUUGGUUUCAUCAGACCAGAGAAUCUUGUUUCUCAUGGUCUGAGAGUCCUUUAGUUGCCUUUUGGUAAACUCCAAGCGGGCUGUCAUGUGUCUUUACUGAGGAGUGGCUUCCAUCUGGCCACUCUACCAUAAAGGCCUGAUUAGUGGAGUGCUGCAGAGAUGGUUGUCCUUCUGGAAGGUUCUUCCAUCUCCACAGAGGAACUCUGGAGUUCUGUCAGAGUGAACAUCGGUUUCUUGGUCACCUCCCUGACCAAGGCCCUUCUCCCCCGAUUGCUCAGUUUGGCCAGGCGGCCAGCUCUAGGAAGUGUCUUGGUGUUUCCAAACUCCACAAGGGUGCGUGCUCAGCCCCCUCCUGUACUCCCUGUUCACCCAUGACUGCGUGGCCAAGCACGCCUCCAACUCAAUCAUCAAGUUUGCAGACGACACAACAGUAGUAGGCUUGAUUACCAACAAUGACGAGACCGCCUACAGGGAGGAGGUGAGGGCUCUGGGAGUGUGGUGCCAGGAAAAUAACCUCUCACUCAACAUCAACAAAACAAAGGAGAUGAUCGUGGACUUCAGGAAACAGCAGAGGGUGCACCCCCCUAUCCACAUCGACGGGACCGCAGUGGAGAAGGUGGAAAGCUUCAAGUUACUUGAAGUACACAUCACUGACAAACUGAAAUGGUCCACCCACGCAGACAGUGUGGUGAAGAAGGCGCAACAGAGCCUCUUCAACCUCAGGAGGCUGAAGAAAUUCGGCUUCGCACCUAAAACCCUCACAAAUUUUUACAGAUGCACAAUUGAGAGUAUCCUGUGGGGCUGUAUCACCGCCUGGUACAGCAACUGCACCGCCCACAACCGCAGGGCUCUCCAGAGGGUGGUGCGGUCUGCCGAAUGCAUUACCGGGGGCAAACUACCCGCCCUCCAAGACUCAUACAACACCCGAUGUCACAGGAAGGCCAAAAAGAUCAUCAAGGACUCCAACCACCCGAGCCACUGCCUGUUCACCUCGCUAUCAUCCAGAAGGCGAGGUCAGUACAGGUGCAUCAAAGCUGGGACCGAGAGAAUGUAAAACAGCUUCUAUCUCAAGGCCAUCAGACUGUUAAAUAGCCAUCACUAGCACAUUAGAGGCUGCUGCUGCUGCCUAUUGAAAUCACUGGCCACUUUUAAGAAAUGGAACACUAGUCACUUUAAUAAUGUUUACAUAUCUUGCACUACUCAUCUCAUAUGUAUAUAUUGCAUUCUAUUCUAUAAUAUUCUACUGUAUCUUAGUCCAUGCCGCUCUGUCAUUGCUUGUCCAUAUAUGUAUAUAUUAGUAAAUCCCUGUAUUGGGUAUAUGUUGUGAAAUUGUUAGAUAUUACUGCACUGUCGGAGCUAGAAGCCAUAAUCCAUUUUAGAAUAAGGCUGUAACGUAACAAAAUGUCUGAAUACUUUCCGAAUGCACUGUAUGUGCCUUGCUGCUUCUAGAGCCUGAGGAUGCGCUCACUCUAUUUCCUUCCUGAAAGGUUUCAUAUUUGCUUAUAUGCAUUCAAUCAAGAAAUCAAAGUUAUUUGAGCAUGUGUGACUGUGCACAGACUGGAAGGUUGUAGUACAAAAAACAACAACAACAGUUAAGAUAUUUGAUCCCAAAAGAUGACUUUUAAAACCAAGGACAACAUUUGUGGCAACGGGCUUUGUACAUGAUGCAAAAACAGAGUACAAGAGAAUGUAUCUUUGAUAGAUUCCUGAGUUGCCAAGAAUUUUUGAAUUUUUGGUCUUGCAAUAAUGAACCAAUUAUUUAUUCAGCACAGUUACCAUGUCACCAGGGAGGCUGCUGUUAGCAUUUGAAAAUCAAUGUCUUUGUUCUGCUUUGUGUGUACAGGUCACCAUGAGGAGGAAGAUGUUGUUAUGGGCUCUCUUCUGCCUUGUCCUGGCACUGCUGCCUUCACAAACAGGUACUAACGCUACACAUGGUUAUUCCAUCCAAGACACCUGCCUGCAUCAAGCACUGGCAGAUUUGCCUAACACCAAAUGCUAAGUUCAACGCAAAUCUGAAUGCCUCCAUUUUUGAGUGCGAGAAGAAAAAUGGACACAUGCAGAGAUUGUAGUUCAUCUACUGUACUGUCACUUCACAAUAUGAUGCGCAGUCCAUAUUUGUACCUAUUUAAACAAGUUAAUUUACUGACGUACGGGUGAACAUCGAUUUAAGUUCAACUGAUGCAAAGGACUUGUCAAAUGUUUUGAUAUUAUUUGCUCACAUUGCCACCAUACCACUGUAGCCAGUGAGAAACUAUUGAAGCUAAUCCCCUUUAGUAUUGUCUCACCUAAAAUGUGUAGUCAUCACUUUAUUACAAAAGUACAGGUAAUGCAAUAAUCAUACCCAUUAUUUUGUCCAUACAGCCUCUGUAGCAGUCAUGUCAGUUGACCUAGGCAGUGAGUGGAUGAAAGUAGCGAUAGUAAAACCUGGCGUGCCAAUGGAGAUUGCUUUAAACAAGUGAGUAUUGCCAUUAUCUCGAACCAUAUCACCAUGAGUUAUUGACUUUGUGCUUUUAGAUGAAAAUCCCUACUCCAUUUCAAGUUUAAAAAAAAAAAUGUAUUCACAACUAUUAACAUCCAUUGUCGCUGAUGUUUGAAUAAGCUAGCUAUUGUUCCUUACAAUGUACACUACCGGUCAAAAGUUUUAGAACACCUACUCAUUCUAGGGUUUUUCUUUAUUUUUACUAUUUUCUACAUUGUAGAAUAAUAGUGAAGACAUCAAAGCUAUGAAAUAACACAUAUGGAAUCAUGUAGUAACCAAAGAAGUGUUAAACAAAUCAAAUAUGUUAUAUUUGAGAUUCUUCAAAGUAGCCACCCUUUGCCUUGAUAACAGCUUUGCACACUCUUGGCAUUCUCUCAACCAGCUUCACUUGGAAUGCUUUUCCAACAGUCUUGAAGGAGUUCCCACAUAUGCUGAGCACUUGUUGGAUGCUUUUCCUUCACUCUGCGGUCCAACUCAUUCCAAACCAUUUCAAUUUGGUUGAGGUCGGGGGAUUGUGGAGGCCGGGUCAUCUGAUUCAGCACUCCAUCACGUUCCUUCUUGGUAAAAUAGCCCUUACACAGCCUGGAGGUGUGUUGGGUCAUUGUCCUGUUGAAAAACAAAUGAUAGUCCCGCUAAACCCAAACCAGAGGGGAUGGCGUAUCGCUGCAGAAUGCUGUGGUAGCCAUGCUGGUUAAGUGUGCCUUGAAUUCUAAAUAAAUCACAGACAAUGUCACCAGCAAUGCACCCCCACACCAUAACACCACCUCCUCCAUGCUUUACGGUGGGAAAUACACAUGCGGAGAUCAUCCGUUCACCCACACCGCAUCUCACAAAGACACGGCGGUUGGAACCAAAAAUCUCCAAUUUGGAUUCCAGACCAAAGGACACAUUUCCACCGGUCUAAUGUCCGUUGCUCGUGUUUCUUGGGCCAAGCAAGACUCUUCUUAUUGGUGUCCUUUUAGUAGUGGUUUAUUUGCAGCAAUUUGACCAUGAAGGCCUGAUUCACAGUCUCCUCUGAACAGUUGAUGUUGAGAUGUGUCUGUUACUUGAACUCUGUGAAGCAUUUAUUUGGGCUGCAAUUUCUGAGGCUGGUAACUCGAAUGAACUUAUCCUGUGCAGCAGAGGUAACUCUGGGUCUUCCAUUCCUGUGGCGGUCCUCAUGAGAGCCAGUUUCAUCAUAGCGCUUGAUGAUUUUUGCGACUGCACUUGAAUAAACAUUCAAAGUUCUUGACAUUUUCCGUAUUGAAUGACUUUCAUGUCUUAAUGUAAUGAUGGACUGUUGUUUCUCUUUUCUUAUUUGAGCUGUUCUUGCCAUAAUAUGGACUUGGUCUUUUACCAAAUAGGGCUAUCUUCUGGAUACCCCCCUUACCUUGUCACAACACAACUGAUUGGCUCAAAAGCAUUAAGAAGGAAAUAAAUUCCACAAAAUAACUUUUAAGAAGGCACACCUGUUAAUUGAAAUGCAUUGCAGGUGACUACCUCAUGAACCUGGUUGAGAGAAUGCCAAGAGUGUGCAAAGCUGUCAUCAAGGCAAAGGGUGAAUAUUUGAAUAAUCUCAAAUAUAAAAUAUAUUUUGAUUUGUUUAACACUUUUUUUGGUUACUACAUGAUUCCAUAUGUGUUAUUUCAUAGUUUUGAUGUCUUCAUUAUUAUUCUACAAUGUAGAAAAUAGUAAAAAUAAAGAAAAACCCUUGAAUGAGUAGGUGUUCUAAAAAACUUUUCACCAGUAGUGUAUGUUAACAUGGAAAUACCUAAAUGGGCUGUGCCAUCUUAACACAUGCGUGCCUCUGAAAAGUGAGGUGAAUGGUGAAUGAAGUUGGGUGACUGAAGAGUUGGGAGAGGGAACUAAGGGUCAGUUCAUGAUAAAAAUGCAUUAUCAAAGCUUCAUCAUGUUUCAAUGGUCUCUUUACCUUCUUUGUGUGGCUCAGGGAGUCCAGGAGGAAAACGCCAAUAGCCGUGUGUUUGAAAGAAAACGAGCGACUUUUUGGAGACAGUGCAUUAGGAGUGGUAAGGCACUUUGCAGUGGUGGAAAAAGUACCCAAUUUGUCAUACUUGAGUAAAAGUAAAGAUAACUUAAUAGAAAAUGACUCCAGUAAAGGUGAGUCACCCAGUAAAAUACUACUUGAGGAAAAGUAUCAAAAGUGAAUGUAAUUGCUAAAAUAUACUUAAGUACAGUGGGGGAAAAAAGUAUUUAGUCAGCCACCAAUUGUGCAAGUUCUCCCACUUAAAAAGAUGAGAGAGGCCUGUAAUUUUCAUCAUAGGUACACGUCAACUAUGACAGACAAAUUGAGAAAGAAAAUUCCAGAAAAUCACAUUGUAGGAUUUUUAAUGAAUUUAUUUGCAAAUUAUGGUGGAAAAUAAGUAUUUGGUCACCUACAAACAAGCAAGAUUUCUGGCUCUCACAGACCUGUAACUUCUUCUUUAAGAGGCUCCUCUGUCCUCCACUCGUUACCUCUAUUAAUGGUACCUGUUUGAACUUGUUAUCAGUAUAAAAGACACCUGUCCACAACAACAAAGUAUUGAGAAACUUUUGAUAUUGACCAAAUACUUAUUUUCCACCAUAAUUUGCAAAUAAAUUCAUAAAAAAUCCUACAAUGUGAUUUUCUGGAUUUUUUUUCUUCUCAUUUUGUCUGUCAUAGUUGAUGUGUACCUAUGAUGAAAAUUACAGGCCUCUCUCAUCUUUUUAAGUGGGAGAACUUGCACGAUUGGUGGCUGACUAAAUACUUUUUUUUCCCCACUGUACAAAGUAAAAGUUUAAAUCAUUUAAAUUCCUGUGGUCCUCUGUAGCUCAAUUGGUAGAGCAUGGCGCUUGUAACGCCAGGGUAGUGGGUUCGAUCCCCGGGACCACCCAUACGUAAAAAUGUAUGCACACAUGACUGUAAGUCGCUUUGGAUAAAAGCGUCUGCUAAAUGGCUUAUUAUUAUUAUAUUAAGCAAACCAGACGGCACCAUUUGUUUGGUAUUUUUUGUUUUAUUUUUUAUUUACGGAUAGCCAGGGGCACACUCCAACACUCCGACAUAAUUUACAAACAAAGCACGAGGAACCUUAUCUUGAUAAGUGGAUGAAUUGGAACAUUUUCCUGUCCUGCUAAGCAUUCAAAAUGUAACAAGUACUUUUGGGUGUCAGGAAAACAUUUUGGGGGGUGGGAUGUAGUGAAGUAAAAGAUACCCCAAAAAACAACUUAAGUAGUAUAUAUAUUUUUUUUAUGAAGUACAUUUCACCACUGGCACUUUGUCAAAGGAACCUACCAGGUAAAAUGUCUCAUACAGUUAGUACUCUGUAUUCCCCUCUGGGGAUCAAUACAGUUCAUGCAUUCAUUCAUAUCUACACUGACAUUGAUUUGGAUUUCUCUUUCUCCCGCAGUCUGUGAAGAAUCCCAAAUUUGUCUAUAGGCAUCUUCAGAGCCUCCUGGGCAAGAAGCAGGACAACCCACAGGUGACGGUCUAUCAGAAACGCUUCCCCGAGCACCAUCUGGGGAAAGAUGAGAGUCGGGGCACAGUUCUCUUUAGAAACUCAGAGUAAGUCUUAUCCGAUUUCCUCUCAUUGGUUCCCUUUGUCUUUCUGUUUAGCAGCAGAUGAUUGAGCCAAGUGAUUCGUUGUUGAAGUACUGUUGAAGAGUACUAAUAAUACUGAAGUCUAUGGGCCGUUAGCAAUGAGGGACAAAAUGCUGACUCAAGCACUUUUCAGUUAUUAGUGUACGACGUUCCUUUGCAUACUGCCUAAAUGGCACAUUACACAGCCUGUGACAAUGUCAUUGAUCCAGUAUGUCCUAUGCUGUAGAUGUGGAUAAGAGUGCUUGGUUCUAAUGUCCGCUCUCUGUUUUCCUACAGAGAAAUGCAGUACUCUCCAGAGGAGCUCCUGGGCAUGGUUUUGAACUAUUCACGUGGACUGGCUCAGGAUUUUGCAGGUUUGUAUGUUCACUACUAGUAUGGGGGAAAGGUUGUUUCUCAUUCAACAUUUGAUGUGUUGUACAAUUAUUUUGAGCAUAUUCUGAAGCCCCCCCCCCCCCCCCCCGACUGAAUGUGUUUUACUCUUGCUUACAGAGCAGCCCAUCAAAGAUGCAGUGAUCACCGUCCCGGCCUUUUUCAAUCAGGCAGAGCGCAGGGCGGUCCUGCAGGCCGCGCAGAUGGCAGGUGUUAAGGUUCUUCAGCUCAUCAAUGACAACACGGCAGUGGCGCUCAACUACGGCGUCUUCAGGAGGAAAGACAUCAACAGCACAGCUCAGGUGCACUAGGCUGCUAUUACAUUUGUACGUUUUUUUUAAAAAUUGAACUAGGUUGGUCAAUUCAGAUCCAACUGGUAAGACUUUUUUAGCUUCAUAAGUUGCUUCGUGUGUCAGCAAAUUUGCUUAAGAUGAUGUUGCUUUCAACCUGUAACCUGUAAUUGCAUUAAAGUUGCUUUGUGUAACCCUAGUCUUAUAGUCAUCUUGCCUGUUGUCUCCCUCUACAGAACAUGAUGUUCUAUGACAUGGGUUCAGGCAGCACGACGGCAACCAUCGUCACGUACCAGACGGUCAAGACCAAAGAGUCGGGUACCCAGCCACAGCUCCAGAUCCGAGGAGUGGGGUGAGACAAACGGGCCUGUAUACACACACACAGACAGACAGAGGAUGUUGGGGAAAGCACACACCUUGACCUCUACUCUGAUCAGUAUGAAGUAAUCGUUUUUGUAUUUUCAAUGACUUAUGGUGGAGCUAUGACAAGCACAUUCCUCAAAUGUUCCUAACCUAGCAGAUGUUCUCCAUCUCUGGCCAGGUUUGACCGCUCUCUGGGGGGCUUUGAGAUGGAGCUGCGGCUGCGGGACCACCUAGCCAAGCUGUUCAACGAGCAGAAGAAGACCAAGAAGGACGUGAGGGAGAACCACCGUGCCAUGGCCAAGCUCCUCAAGGAGGCCCAGAGACUCAAGACUGUACUGAGCGCCAACGCUGAAUUCAUGGCACAGGUGAAGGGACCUCAUGCUGCACUGUCAGUGUCACUGUCACCCAUAGUGUUGUACUGUAGUUGUGUAAUACUGUACAUGUAAACUAAAUGUACUCACUCUUGCUGUAUGAUGUUCAGGUGGAGGGGCUUCUAGAUGAAAUUGAUUUCAAGGCCAAGGUGACCCGUGUGGAGUUUGAGGCACUGUGUGCUGACCUGUUUGAGAGAGUGCCUGGCCCAGUACAGGAGGCCCUUAGCUCUGCAGAGAUGUCCCUGGUGAGUCACCACAGUUCGUGUGUGUUCAUUAGUCACUAAAUGGAAGAAAAUGGACUGAAACAGGAAGGGACUCCCUUGAUUUGUCCAAUCAGAAAAGUUCAAUUUCCGUUGCAAAACGUUAAAAUUCCAUUGUGUGCCCUAAUGAACAUUUCUAUCUUAUUGAUCAAUCACUAACUAUCUACCUCUUGGGGGAAACUUUGACUUUUUAUGCAUAAACAAUGACGCAGACAAAAGUAUCAAUUGACCCACAAAAAGCCCCAGGAAAGUCGGCAGUAUCAAAAAGAUCACACUGUAGUUUCCCAAGCCCCUGGGUCUGUGGAAUGGCUAUGCUCCUUAGGAUAAUGUCUUCUCUUAAAAUCCUAUCACAAUUGCAUAGUAGAAUCCAUGGCUCCAGACUGCAACCAUUUAGUCGCAUUAUUCAACCCUUUGACUUGGCUGUGCCGGUUACAUUUUUAAUUGGUUGCACUGGUGUGAUCUGCACAUGGUCACCUCAAUCAAAACAUCCUCUUUUUUGGGGCGGAUAAAACCAUUAAUUUGUUCAACAGUAAAGGGCAUUAUCCUCAUGAUUCCUGUAAUAGAAGUGACUGUGCUGCCGCUGUGCCUGCCUGUUUCGCUGGGGCCGGCUGCUGUAACGAGCGAGCCUCUCAAACUUUCUCUCCCCCCUCGUGUGCCCCUUCGUGACUGUAUAACAUUUCAAAAUGCAAUUGCGUGGACAAAACACAACUUUGGAAGCAACUUGUUGUCCAUAUUAAAGAGAAGAGGGUCUCAGCUUUCUGUAGAAUAAUUGAUUCCUCAACAAUCAUUAUUGAGCUCAAAGCACACUGUUUUACAAUCAAGAUAUCUGAUAUGGCUUUGAAUUACGGAGCCCGCGAAAUUGCGCAUCGGCUAUCACGAGUGCACUAGUCCUCAUUACAGGACAUUACAUUUACUGUUGGAUGAAUACAUGGCUACUAGCAGUAGGUGUUAUAUUUAGAGUUCGAGAUCUAGCUAAUGUGUUUUUAGUUUCCACUUCCUCAGGUGGUGAAUUUAGGCCUAUAUAUAAUUUUGGUGCACAUAAAGAGGAAGGCAUUCAUCCCUAUUGAACCAAAAAAAUAUGAAAAUUCUGGCACCCUAUUUUGACAGUAAAAUAUAACAAAAAUAGCCUAAGUCAACCUAAAAUACAUGACAAUCACAGGAUUAGGUUGCAUAUCAAAAUAUUUAGAAUCAUGCGUUCCUGCUUGGACACGUUAGCUGUAACAACUUAUUUAUUUUUAUAUCUCAGUAGUCUAAUACACUUCUUAACCCAUUGUGAAUGAUUUUUAUAAUGUCUUUAUAAGAUGAUGACUCAAAUGUAUUCUAUUGUGUGACGCCUGCUGAAAAAGAUUGUUUAGGUUCCACCAAAUCGUGGGCUGGUGGCACCAACUAAAAAGUGCCACCAGGGGGGUUAAUGUUAGUCUGGAGCCCUGAGAAUCAAAAACUGUAGUAGAAUAGUUGAUGUCUGUGUGACUAAAAAGUUGCACUUUGAUAUAGGUUUGAUAUGAAAUUGCCUUUCUUGUGGUGGCAUGUUCAAUGGAACAAUAUCUUAACUCUGACAUGUUUCAGCAUGUCAAGCCUUCUUCAGGGAUUGAUACAGAGAUUGAACCAACACAAAUGUGUUAUGUUAAUGUUUGUUUAUUUGUAAAUACUGUUUGUAUAUCUUCCAACAUUGUCUUCUAACAGGACGAGAUUGAGCAGGUGAUCCUGGUGGGCGGCUCCACCCGAGUGCCUAAGGUGCAGGAGGUGCUGCUCAAAGCCGUUGGGAAGUAAGUAUGUCAACAGGUUUUCACUCAACACGUCAAUACGUCUGUAUACUACAGGACAAACAAACAUGAGGGACUUAGAAUGAUCCCUAUUGUCCAGAGUUUUGGCUGAAAGGCGUUAUAUUAAAAACAAACCUCCAUAGACAAUGGAACACAAUAGAAGAAUAGAGUACUGUAAGUGUUUCACCCACAGAUACUAUCUAACUGAAGUAUCUACUACAGCGAUAGUAUGUAACUUACAUAUUGGCAAUGCUCCACCUGGGAUGAAAAGGCUUAAAGAGUUAAAUCCAAAAUUAAACUUUGACAGAUGUUUUCAGACCUGAAAAGCGGUCUAAUUUUGAGAAGAGUUCACCUCCUAAGGCGUACGCAACACGAUUUGACUGCUUUUGAAGUAUGAAAAUGUCUCUGGCCAACCUUGUUCUUGGAGUGAACUAUCACUUUGAAUAAACAAGACAUAUCUGCAUGACGUUGACCACACUGACUGUGUGUGUGUAUAUAGAGAGGAGCUGGGAAAGAACAUCAACGCAGACGAGGCUGCAGCCAUGGGUGCCGUGUACCAGGCCGCUGCCCUCAGCAAGGCCUUCAAAGUCAAACCCUUCCUGGUCAGGGAGGCAGCCGUUUUCCCAAUCCAGGUAACACAGCCCAUUCUUUAACAUUGAACCCCAACCCUUUUUUAAAUAAUUACAUUACCUUCCAGCCAUUCAUGUCUUUAGAGGAGACGAAACCCCAAAAGUUGUCUAAUGUCAAGAUAGGUCCACAUCCCACGCCAUCAGUUGUGUAAGUCCAGCUAUAUGCCUCAAACCAAAAUGAAUGGAAAAGCUAAGCACCACAACUGGAUAUCAUACGGUGCUCAUCUUUUCAUUCAUUUUGGAUUGUGGCAUACAGCUGGAUCUCUCUCUCACUCUCCAGGUGGAGUUCACCAGGGAGACGGAGGAUGAGGAUGGCUCCAGGAGCCUGAAACACAACAAGCGUAUCCUGUUCCAGAGGAUGGCCCCCUACCCCCAGCGCAAGGUCAUCACCUUCAACCGCUACACUGAUGACUUUGCCUUUGACAUCAACUACGGAGACCUCAGCUUCUUGGGCCAAAAUGACCUCAGGUGAGUGCCUCACCAAUAAAGAUGGGUUUAAUUGGUUGUAACUUAGGGUCGGUUUCCUGGACACAGAUUAAGUCUAAGCUUGGACUUAACCAUGCUCAAUGGAGAAUGUAGUUUUUCUUUUGCCCAGGACUUAUCUGUGUUUAAUCUGUGUCCAGGAAACUGGCACAUACAUACCCCAAUCUGUGUGAGACAACACGGCAAAACAGUAGAGAUUUAACGAUUCACUGAUGCGUAUUGGAAUCAGGUUUAAAUGUUUAAGAUACGAAUGCAUUUGUCCGCGGGAGCCCAAACCGAACCAAAAGUAGCAUGAAUUGGUCAGAAAAUCGAUUGUUUAAGCCUCGCUCAGUGCCUUCUGUAGUGGCGUGGCAGCCAGAGAAAGCACAGAGCGUAGGUGUCGUUGAUCUUCUCUGGUUGGAUCAGGGUGAAGUCAAUCACAACACUGCAGCACCUAUUGGAGGGCUCUCCCAAGGAAAAUAUACUAUACUGUAACAGCAUUACAGUUUGUCAUUGGCUAUAGAAUUGGCCUAAGGGGACAAAUCAAGUUUUGAAUUGUAACGGAAGUGACAUAAACAGCCAUAACGUACCUUAUGUUGCAUCUGAUUUUAAAUGUCCUCUUCGCUUUCUUUUCCUUCCUUUCCUCCGCCAGUGUGUUUGGGUCUCUCAACCUGACCACAGUGCAGCUGUCUGGGGUGAGCAGCAGCUUCCAGAAGCACAUGGACGCUGAGUCCAAGGGCAUCAAGGCCCACUUCAACAUGGACGAGAGUGGCAUGCUCCUCCUGGACCGGGUCAGUACCAUAGAAUUACUUAUAUAAUGUGAAUUAUAUGAUCUCUAUGGUCAGUGCACCCUUCUGAUACUUAUGGAGCUCCUCUCUGGAAGUACAAUAAAACCUCAGAGAUACAAAACGCAUCAGAUAUUUUAACUUUUUUAAAGAUGGUUGCAAAAUACAUGCAUUCCAUAUUUUCUUUAAAGGUUUGAGGCAUUUUGUAAGUACAUGUAAAUAGUUAAAAUUAUUUUUUUCAAAUGUAAAACCUACAUUCCCUUCGUGUUCGUAUUUCUGAGAUUUGUAAUACUUAUAUCUACCGACAUAAAGUGGCGCAGUGGUCUAGCUGUGCCACUAGAGAUCCUGGUUCGAAUCCAGGCUCUGUUCGUAGCCGGCCACGACCGGGAGACCCAUGCGACGGCGCACAAUUGUCCCAGCGUCGCCCCAAUUGGGAGGGAAUGGCCGGCAGGGAUGUAGCUCAGUUGGUAGAGCAUGGCGUUUGCAACGCCAGGGUUGUGGGUUCGAUUCCCACGGGGGGGCCAGUAUGAAAAAAAUAUAUAUAAUGUAUGCACUCACUAACUGUAAGUCGCUCUGGAUAAGAGCGUCUGCUAAAUGACUAAACAUUUUUUUUUGGACAUUACAUUUUGCACUAUUGAUUUGGGGUAAUCGAUGCUAACAUUAGCCUGUGGUGGUUUUAGCUAUGCAAGCCUCAUUGUAGGUUAGGAUGUGUUGACUCUUGGUCCAUACACAAGGUUAGAAAGCAAUAAACAUUUGGGUGACUUAUCGCUUUAACUAAUAGUUGUUUUCUUUAGGUGGAGUCUGUCUUUGAGACCAUUAUGGAGGAGAAGGAUGAGGAGUCAACUCUGACAAGUGGGUUUUAUGCUGACAUCGUAAUCAAUUUACAUCUUGUUUCCCCCCUCAUUAGUCAUAAUCAUAGUCUCUUCCAUGUCUGAAUUCUGGCUCUUUUGACUUGUCAGAACUGGGAAAUACCAUUUCCAGCCUGUUUGGAGGGGGAUCCUCAGAGUCCAACGCAAAUGUGACGGAACCAGUUCAGGUAAUCCUCUCCUCAGUCCCCAUCCUAAUGUAAGAUGCUUCUGAGUUCCUCUCCUUAACACUAGUUCAUGGCUGUCUAACUCUCCCUGCCUCUCCCCUAUUGUUUCUGUGUCCAGGAUGAGGAGGAGGUUCAUCCGGAGACUGGGAAGGAGCAGGGCCAGAAGGAGGAGGCUGCUCCCCAGGAAGAGAAGCUGGAGCCUGGGGAGAAACAGGAGGAGGAGGUCCCAACCCAAGAGAAGACUGAGGGAGAGGCAUUGGACAGCAAGGCUGACCCUCAGGUAAGCGCUUGGCUCAGUUGGAUUCCACAUGAAUACCCGGGACGCUCAGCCCUGGGGUGUAUUCAGUGCUUUCGUGUUUAAUGAACAUUACAAAAUGUUAAGUGUUGAAUGGAAUGUUUGGUUACAGACUGUUGUCAGUAAAGCAUAUACAGUACCAGUCAAGUUUGGACACACCUACUCAUUCAAGGGUUUUUCUUAAUUUUUACUAUUUUCUACGUUGUAGAAUAAUAGUGAAGACGUCACUAUAUGAAAUAACACAUGGAAUCAUGUAGUAACCAAAAAAGUGUUAAACAAAUCAAAAUAUAUUUGAGAUUCUUCAAAGUAGCCACCCUUUGCCUUGAUGACAGCUUUGCACACUCUUUGCAGGAUGAAAAGGAAGGAGAAAAUAAUGGAAAAGAGGAAGCGGCAGAGGAAGCGGCAGGGGAAGCGGCAGGGGAAGCGGCGAAGGAGCCUCAGAAGAAAGCCAAGCCUCAGAAGAAAACCAAGUUCUCUGAGGAUGUCACAGUGGAGCUCCAAGUGAACGACAUCCUUAACCCUAGCUUGGAAGCUAUCGCCUCCUCAAACAAGAAGUAUGUCGCUCUAUCUUUCCUUCUGACAUUUUAGGAGACUUCAAAUGUGCAGGGUGGGGAAGUUGAACAUAGAUUUUUCAAUCUAUAAUGAUAUUAAUGUAGCGUCCUGACUUAGUACAAUACCUAGCGACUUCGCCAAAGGUUUUGGAUCUCUUGGUGUAAUGGCUAAGUUGUUUGACUGACAGACGCAUAGACCCAGGUUCGAGUCCCGGCAACCUCCAAAUUCGCUGCAAUAAUGUUUUUGAUUUCUUCCUGACAGGCUCCAAGACCUGACUGAUAGAGACCUGGAGAAGCAAGAGAGGGAGAAGACCCUGAACAGUCUCGAGGCAUUCAUUUUUGAGACCCAGGUUAGAACAGCAUCUUUACAGUACAACACCAAUAGGUGUGUGUGUGUAUAUAUAGCCUACAUCUUGCAGCUGUCUAAUCCCUUUUUCCUCUCCUUCCUCCUAAGGACAAGAUGUACCAGGAAGAGUACCAGGCGGUGGUGUCAGAGGAGGAGAAGGAGGCCAUCACGACCAAGCUGAGCGAGGCGUCGGCCUGGAUGGAUGAGGAUGGCUACUCUGCAGUCACCAAGGAGCUGCGGGAGAAGCUGCAGGAGCUCAAGAAACUGUGCAAGGCCAUGUUCUUCCGUGUGGAGGAGCGCAGGAAGUGGCCCGACCGCCUGGCCGCCCUGGAGAGCAUGCUCAACCACUCCAGCUUCUUCCUCAGGUGGGUCCCGACAGCUCCGGUACAGCUCUAGGAUCAGCUUCCCCAAUCCUAACCCUAACCAUUAGUAAGGGAAAAUGCUAAACUGAUUUUACCAGUCAAGUUGACUGGGAUAAUAUAAUAUUUUACAGCAACGACCUGGGGAAGAGUUAUAGGGGGAGGAGAUGGGAUGAAUGAGCCAAUUGGAAGCUGGAGAUGAUUAGAGCCAGAUUAGUCAUUUAGCCAGGACACCGGGGUUAACACCCCUACUCUUACGAUAAGUGCCAUGGGAUCUUGGAUCUUUAGUGACCACAGAGAAUCAGGACACCAGUUUUAACAUCCUAUCCUAAAGAUGGCACCCUAUGCAGGGAAAGGUCCCCUUCAAGGCCCUGGGGCAGUGGGAUCUCCUUAGACCCCCCCCCCCCCGGGCCUCUAACGCCAUUUCCAGCAGCAUCUGGUCUCCCAUCUAGGGAGCGACCAGAACCGACCCUGCUUAGCUUCAGCGGUGAACAUUUUAGAGCUGAAUCAUGAGAUUUACAAUGCAUCCAUUUGACAUGGAUCUUCUGUGUUUUUUUUUCCUCAAGGAGCGCCAAACUAAUACCAGAGGACGACCAAAUCUUCACCGAAGUGGAGCUGAAGACGUUAGACAAAGUCAUCAACGAGACCACUGUAUGUAGUGAUUAUUCAUAAACUCCUAUUUGUUUUACUCAUUGAUGCAUUUGUCAAUGAUGUUAUUUUUGAUGGACCAUUACCUCAGGAAUUCAAAAUUACUCAAAUAUGAGACGACGUGGUUCACAUGGUUGGUUGUCGUGGUUCACAUGGUUGGUUGUCCCUCGUUUGUCAUCAACGUGGAACAAAGAAACAUCAACCUUUUUAUUAUUUGUUCAUUUUUAACCCCCAACACCUCACCCUCCUCUCCUCCACAGACGUGGAAGAACGACACUGUGGCCGAGCAGGAGAAGCGUUCUCCCACGGAGCGGCCUGUGCUGCUGUCCAAAGACAUUGAGUCCAAGCUGUCUCUGCUGGACCGCGAGGUCAACUACCUGCUGAACAAGGCCAAGUUUGCCAAGCCCAGGGCCAAGCCCAAGGCCAAGAACAACAGCACCACCUCGGAGAGCAACAGCAAGGCCAACAGCAGCAAAACAGAGGAGAAAGUCAUACCUCCCAAGGAGGAGGAGACUAAAGACAAAGGUGAGAGAGAGGGGGAAAACACAUUUCUGUUAUGAUACAUAUGAUAUCUAUAUAUUAGGGUCAUGUUCAAUAGGCCACACCUUAGCAAAACACUUUGAAACAGAAAAUCAUGUCAUUUGCAAAGGAAGUGCUUCACAUGACGCGUGCAAUAACUUGUCAAAGAUCCCUUUUAGACAAAAAUGUAAUCACCAAUCAAAGACCCCUCUUUUCGUUGGUGGGAUUUGUUUUCAUUUGACAGAAGCAACUGAGGAGGUGCGGCCAGGAGAGGAACCGCCCACCAUAGAGCCCACUGGACAGAACACAGACUCGUCCAGCCAAUCACAGCCUAAAGAUGAAACUGCAAGUACAGGUAUGUCUGCCAAAGCAACUAUCCUUUUGCAUGUGCGAAUUGGCACCCAGUUGUCUUACAAUUUCUCGCUACACAAGGGGGCAUCUGAUGGAAAGGAAUAGAAUUUGGCAGUCCAUUCAAGGUGGAGCAACCAUGAAAAGGUUUUAUACCAUCAAAGUCAUAUGCUGUGCUGUUAUAUACUUGAGUAUAAUAUUUUAUUCCUCCUUUCCAUUUUCAGAAUCAGCGGAGAAAGACCAGUCAGAAAACCAUGUCGGGGAUGAGUUAUAACAGCUGGAACUGAAGAUAUCUCAUUGUAUUUAUUGACAAUGUUUAAUUGUUCAAGUUUCCGCCUCCAUUUUUUGGGGGGAGUUUUGUUUUUCCACCCUUUUUAUGUUGAAAACCAGAAAGACAUUGGAUCAGCUCAGACACCUUGAACUCUUUUAUUCCCUCUUCCUUUCUCACUUUCUGUUGAUCUUCAUCCCCUCAGCCACUAUACAUCUCUCCUCUCACUGACAUGGUGAGCAAGGAACACUUACGAAGUCUGGAAUAACCAGUAAAGGAACUGAACCCAAGACCUCAAAUUUCUGUUCUACUAUUCUGCCCUUAAGGUUUAGGCAUACCUUCCCGCAUGCAAACAACCUUAUUUGAACAACUGUAUAAUUGCUACUGCAUAGAACAGAACAAGUACCUGAUACAAAAUGUUUUGUUUUGGAAGGACCAAUAAUAUCAGGACUCAAUGUUUCCUCCACUGCAAAAUUCAGCUUUCGUCUCAUUCUGUGAUCAAAAAAGGUUGUGACUUUUCCUCUCAAGCACGGUUGUCCUCAAAUAUCUUCUGUGUUUUCUCCGGGCAAAUCUUGCUUUCAUUAACUUUUAGUGGGUUUUCUGUCUGUGUGUGUGUUCUUCAGAAAGAUCUCAUUGGGAUGGAACUAGCUAAUGUAUGCUCCUCUUUGCAAGUGGAAUGGUGUAUUUUAGUUGUCUUUGAAUAUUGAAUUCCCCGCUUAAUGCCUUGUAUUGUCGCUGAGAAAAUGCAAAAACAAGAAAUUGUCAUCAGAAUAUGAUUGACAUUGACAACCAUCCGCUAAGUGUGUUCAUAGGUGUAAAAUCCAUAUUUUACACCUCCAUGUUCUAAUUAGCAUUGUUCUUUCUGAAAAUUCAUCACUGACUUAUUAGCAUGAGGGAAAAAAACAUGUUACGUUGAAUGACGUCUGUCUUUUGGUAUGCAAUACUUAUGUGCAGUUUCAUCUCUAUAAAUUGUACUCAAUACAGAUGGUGAAUGAAGUAAGUUCACUGAACUAAGGGGCUGCCAUGGGCUGUGUUCAAUAGAUGGAAAACAUUGUUGUAAUGGAGUGAAAUUGCACAUAUGAACAUAUUUUGUUGCAUAAAGUUUUGCUACGAUGUACCCUACUGAACACUACCCUGGUGUUUGUAUGGAUGCCAGUAUGAAUUUGAGGACUGCUCGACUGUGUUGCACUGCCUGAAAAAUAAGCAGAUAAUGUUGUCCAUGUUUCAAGCUGCUUGGAGCUCUAGCAGAGGAGUCCUACUGGGCACACACUGGUUGA